AUGGGGCCUCCCUGGGCGGUGGGGAGCGCGGAGGGGUCGCCCGCGCGGCUUCCCCUCGUGCUCACCGCGCUGUGGGCCUCGGCGGUAGGUCUGGAGCUGGCCUACGUGCUUGUGCUGGGUCCCGGGCCGCCUCCGCUGGGACCCCUGGCCCGGGCCUUCCAGCUGGCGCUGGCCGCCUUCCAGCUGCUUAACCUGCUGGGCAACGUGGGGCUCUUCCUGCGUUCGGAUCCCAGCAUCCGAGGCGUGAUGCUAGCCGGCCGCAGCCUGGGCCAGGGCUGGGCUUACUGCUACCAGUGCCAGAGCCAGGUGCCGCCACGCAGCGGGCAUUGCUCUGCCUGCCGCAUCUGCAUCCUGCGUCGGGACCACCACUGCCGCCUGCUGGGCCGCUGCGUAGGCUUUCACAACUACCGGCCCUUCCUGUGCCUGUUGCUUCAUGGUGCGGGCAUCCUGCUCCACGUCUCUGUGCUGCUGGGCCCUGCCCUGGCAGCUCUGCUGCAAGCCCACACACCCCUCCACACCGCUGCCCUCCUCCUGCUGCCCUGGCUCAUGCUGCUCACAGGCAGAGUGUCUCUGGCACACUUCGCGCUGGCCUUUGUGACCGACACGUGUGUGGCAGGUGCGCUGUUGUGCGGGGCCGGGCUGCUCUUCCAUGGGAUGCUGCUGCUUCGGGGCCAGACCACAUGGGAGUGGGCUAGGGGCCAACACUCUUAUGACCUGGGCCUGUGCCACAACCUGCAGGCAGCCCUGGGACCCCGCUGGAUCCUUGUCUGGCUCUGGCCCUUCCUGGCCUCCCCAUUGCCUGGGGACGGGAUCACCUUUCAGACCACAGCUGAUUGGGACUAAUGGCUUCUUGACUCCAGGAAGAGCCAGAGCUGUGCAGGAAGGGGGGAGCGGGAGAGGGCGCUCAUAACUCAUUUCAGGCCCACCCCCAGCCUCGGGGGGGAGGCAGGUUGGUACUUAAAGCUUGCUUUCAGCAACUCCAGCCCCAUCCUUGGCCUUGCCCCUGCCCAGCUUGUACUUAGUACUCAGGGCUUGGGCCCUGCGAUUCUGCUUGUCAGUGGCCCCCAAGUGCAGUGGAGGCCACUGGCAAGGGGCUGCUUGGCCAGUCGCACUGCCCCUUUUACCAGGUUAAUAAAGUGCCCAAUUGGUUCUUGGACUCCCUCCAUUGUGGGUUUCUGGUCACUCACUGUUGCCUGGCUGCUGUUUUAGGUUCCUCUGUCACAUCUGGGAACCACAGAAUGCCUGAGGCUGUGAGGGGCCAGGGCUCUGCCUCUGUGGCAUUGGUGGGGCAGCAUGUAGUGACCCAGGGCAUGAACAUCUAAUUCUUUCCCAGGUUCAGUGCUUUAGAGUUAGAGCAUAACUACAACUUCACUGAACCUCCCUAGCUAACCUGGUAACUGGACAGCAAUUAUGUAGGUAGAAAACUUGAAGCUCUGGGAGUUGAUAAAGUCAUUUACUACCAAACGGAGGCAGGGUUUGAACCUAAACCUUUGUGCUUUUUCCUUCACUCGUGCGCAGCUGAGGGAGGGAGAGCGGGACAAUCAAGGCAGAGAAAUCAGGCGGGGUGUUUAAGUGCCUGUGAGGGGUGGUGCUGACAGGGCUAUGCUCCUCUCGGGCCGUUCAGGAGCUACCUGUUAAAACUUUUUAUUUAAACCUAGUAACUAGAGUUAAAUGUGGCAGGUUUAAGCACAUGCAUUUAGCUGUUUCCUCAUAAAAUCUGAAAUGACAGAAAAGAAGUAAGAUAUGUUUACAAGGAGAAAAAAUAGGAGACAGCAGUAGACCAAAGAGCCUGGUGUUUUGAAAGAUGGAAAGUGGAUGGAGGCUCAUUUAUUCUCUUAGCAGAGUAGAAAUUGUGUCCCCGGAGGGAGGGGCCAAGAGCAGCCAGAUUGCCCCCCAGAACCCUGCAGACGCUCAGGAAUUCCACGAGCGACAUGGAAGGCAAGGCGUGGGACUGACGCAGGAGGGACUGACCCUCAGUCUGAAUCAACGCCCCUCCCUCCAGCGCCCGCCCCACCUCACAGCCCAGCAGCGACCCCCUGAGGUGGCGGAGGGGGCUGUUGGAAGAAGCUCUGGGUCUGGGGGCACAGAGGAGAGAAGGGAUGCGGGGCAGGACCAACAGUGGGGUGAAGUGAAAGCCCAGGAGGACUCAGGAGGGUGCUGAGGGUGUCCUCCGUGACGUGGCAGCUUUGCGGGCCAAGAACCCUCAGAGAAGGCCCUCUUUCUGGCGGCCCUGCCCAUGCCCGCCAAGGUUUGAGCUGCUAGGACUUUUGUUUUCCCAAAGGGCAGGCUCUAUUGCUGUUUCUCACCCGCGUCGGGGAACGUGGUGCCUGGCACCCUGUGCUGCACAGGAGCAUGUCCUCUGUGUUACCGCUCCCUCUCCAGGAUAUCUUGUGUGUGGGGGGGGUGUUUAAUUAAAAAGAUGCAAGAAAAUAUUUAUAAAAUAAAGAGAAAUAACACCCUCCCACCCCACUUAAGAAGUGGAUACCAUUCCCUUUGACGCCCCUGCUGUGGCCUCCCUGGUAGAGGACACACUGCUGCCUUAAUUACUCUCUGGCUUUGCUUUGUAAUUUUAUUACAUGUUUGUAUUGGUUUUGCAUGUUUCUGAAUUUUAUAUAAAUGGAAUCACACUGUGUUUAUUCUUCUGUGACUUGCUUUUUCACUCAGUUAUUCUGAGAUUUGUCCAAAUUAAUGUGGUGGCUGUAGGGCACUCCUUGCUGUAGUGACCCUUGGAAUAUGCCAUAAUUCAUUUUUCUGUUUUGCCCCCCUGGCCAUUUUAUCUACCCCUGUGUAUGACCCCCUAAGAUCUAUUCUUGGUCCUUGCGCUUCCAUAUAGAUUUUAGAAUCAGUUUGUCAAG